AUGGCUGCCCGGAUUCCAUGGUACGUGUGGCUGGUGCUGGUCUGUGCGGUUGUGGCUGUAUCAUCCGCCGGGGCAGUGACCAAACUGAUGAAGCGCGCCGCCCCAAUCUCCAAUGCAGCAUGGAGAUUGCAAGUCACGGCAAUGAUCCUUCUGCCUGGAUUCAUUUGGGACUGGUGCCGCCUCUCUCCCCAGAAGCGAUGUAUGUUCUUCACAUGGCGACCUCUUUGCGUGCUUGGAAUCAGUGCUCUUGCAAUAGCCUUGCACUUCGCCCUAUGGGUAUGGUCACUGGAUCACACAUCCCUUCCACAUAGCCUCCUCUUUGUUUCGAUGCCUCCGCUCAUCAUCGCUGUUCUAUCCUGGCUGCGCUGUAAGCCCCUGAGCAAAGGAGAGAACGCCGGGGUGUUCUUGGGUUUUGCUGGGGUUUUGAUCAUCGCAUUUGCUAGCAAGUCCGAUGGUGACAAAGGCAUCACUUUCCUGGGGGAUUUGAUGGCUUUCCUGGCGGCUGUUGCGUUUGUAGCCUACAUGUUUGCUGGGAACAAUCUGAGAAGUUGGAUGCCGCUCUAUCUCUAUGCCUUCCCUGUAACGGGUGGAGGAGCUCUCAUUCUGGGCAUCGCUUGUGAGUUUAUGGAGAACUACCAUUCCAGAUCGUGGAAGAUUGGUGGACCUUUUGCAUGGACGAGGCGAGGUUUCUGGGCUCCAACGCUUUUUUUGGCAAUCGGCCCUGGUCUAAUCGGUCACACGGGUUUGAAUUAUGUUGUCAAGUACACGGGGCCUUUGAUCAUUUCCAUGGCUGUCACGCUGGAACCUGUGAUUGGAUCUCUCAUCGGCUGGGGGAUUCACGUCUCCUCAGCUCCCGGUGUGUUUACUUGCGUUGGAGGAGCGCUUCUGAUAUUUGGGACCCUGGUGGUGAAUUACGCCAAUGGAAGAGCUACUAAGAAGAAGUUAGAAGCAGAACAAGCCAGACAGCAGCAAGAACUGCCUCAAAACGACUCUAGUAUUGACGCAAGUCCAGCUCCAGCUUCACAACAUCAAUCUCACCAAGCUCCACAACAUGAACAGGAGCUUGCAAAUGUCUAAACAGUCCAUAACACUCACCGAAUUAACCGAAGGUCACAGAACUUUUCUCAAAUAGCUGCUUUAAUCAACAUCUGAA